AUGCCUCGCAUCAAUAAGAAAGUCAAAAAUGCCCCUCCGCCACGUGCUCGCGGGCCAGGCAAACCAUCUGGCUCAUCUUCCAACCCUGCCAAGGGACAGCAGCAUGGCAAUGGGCAAAAGCAGGGCAGUGGCAAUGGAAAUGCACCUAAGAAAAUUUCUUUGCAAGCAAAUCAAAGACCUAUCGUACCGUUUUUGAGGAAGGAUCGAAUUCUCUUGGUUGGUGAAGGUGACUUCUCAUUCGCCCGCUCAUUGGUAAAACAAUACAAGUGCCGCAAAGUAUGCGCCACAUGCUACGACUCCAAGGAGACACUGUACAACAAGUACCCGCAAGCUCCUCAGAACGUCUCAGAUAUCAUUGGCGCACCAGCAAAGCCAGAUCCAACAAGCGACGACACCGAAAAGCAGGACGAAGAGAGCAAGUCUGAAGACCAGGACUCAAGCAAUGACGCUGAAAAACAGCCAGAAGAGAGCAAAUCCGAAGAUCAGGAGUCAACCAACCCCAACCCCAACCAGCAAUCCCCCAAAGUCGUCUUCUCCGUGGACGCACGCAAACUCGGCACUCCAGCUGGCGGCGGCAAGGAAAUCCGCACAGGAUUCACACGCCGCGAGCGCAAGAGACCAGCCUGGUACCAGCAGGACGAGCCAGUAGGACCACCGUACCAGCCUGGCGGGCCGUGGGAUGUAAUCUGCUUCAAUUUCCCGCACGUUGGCGGGCUGUCUACGGACGUGAACCGACAGGUUCGUUCGAAUCAGGAGCUGCUGGUUGCAUUCUUCAAGGCGUGUAUUCCGCUUGUUUCUAAGCCGCCGCCGCUUAUGGAUGCUGAUGAUGAUGAGUGGGUGUAUGCGGAUGGGGAGGAGAGUGAAGAGGAGGAUGAUGAUGAUGAGGAGGAGGAAGUAGCUGAAGGCGAAGAGCUAGGGAAGGAUGAUGAUACCACUGGGAAGGGAUUCCGGACUGGGCCUGGUCAGAUUCUUGUGACUCUGUUCGAGGGGGAGCCGUAUACGCUUUGGAAUAUCAAGGAUUUGGCGAGACAUGCGGGACUGGUUGUUGUGACUAGUUUCCGGUUUCCUUGGACUUCUUAUGAGGGGUAUUCGCAUGCGAGAACGGCGGGACAUAUUGAAGGGAAGGAUGGGGAGCGUGGAGGAUGGAGGGGAGAGGAUCGGGAGGCUCGGAUGUAUGUCUUUGAAGUGAAGCAGAAGGAGCAGGCCAAGAAGGGAGGGAAGAAGAGGGCCAGAGAUGAUGAUUCUAGUGAUGAUAGCGAGUAG